AUGAGCUGGCCGCUCGCGGACCACAUCGCCAGCAGUUUCAGAGAAGAUGCCCCUCGACCCCCGGUGCCCGGGGAGGAGGGCGAGGCGCCCCGCUACCCCUGCAAACGCGCCAUAAUGAAGCCGGAGCCCAGCCAAUCGGUCGCGCUCAGCCCGCCGGGCUCCUCGGCCAGGAGGAACGAGGAUGGUCUGGGAGAGCCCGAGGGGAGCGCAUCCCCGGACUCGCCGCUCUCCCGCUGGACCAAAUCUCUGCAUUCUCUCCUGGGGGAUCAAGACGGCGCUCUCUUGUUCCGGACCUUCCUGGAGGCAGAGAAGUGCGGCGACACGUUGGACUUUUGGUUCGCUUGCAACGGCUUCAGGCAAAUGGACCUCAAGGAUACCAAAACGCAGCGAGUGGCCAAAGCCAUUUACAAGCGCUACAUCGAAAACAAUGGCGUCGUCGCCAAGCAGCUCAAACCCGCCACCAAGACUUUCAUCCGGGAUAACAUCAAGAAGCAGCACAUCGACUCGGUCAUGUUUGACCAGGCGCAGACGGAGAUCCAGACAAAUAUGGAGGAGAACGCCUACCAGAUGUUCCUGUCCUCUGACGUUUUCUUCAAGUUCGUGAGGAGUGGCGGCGAGAACGCGGUUCACGUCAACCCCAACGGCCUGGGCGACCUGCAGGUCGUGUGUGGAUAUCUGCCCACGCUCAAUGAAGAAGAAGAGUGGAGUUUUGAUUUCAAAAGCAAAACGGCCAACGGACCGCUGCUGAAGACGCAGAGGAGCGCCGUGUCCGUGAGGGGGCUUGAAGUCAUGGAGAGGGGCUACAGGUCGUACAAGGGAAGCGACAUGUGCCACAUGGGCUCCUUGGCGCCGGUCAGCAGCACCAACGACAGCGAGGUGUCCAGCGACGCCUUGACAGACGACAACAUGUCGGUGACGGACGGCAGUGUAGAUGGCAUCCCUCCUUACAAACUGAGUUCCAAGAAGCAGCUUCAGAGGGAGAUGCAGCGUAACGUGCGCAUGAACAGCCAAGUGUCGCUGCCUGCCUUCCCUCGUACCCGCUGUCCUCCCAAAGAAGGUGUUCCAGUGGAGCCGGCAAAGUUUGCAGCCCAGCUCAUCUCGCGCCUGGAGAGCCUGAAGAGGGAACAGGACACCCUCAGCUCUCUGGAGGUGAGGCUGCAGCAGAUUCAGGAGGAGGAAGAAAGAGAGGACACGGAGAUAGUCGGAAGUGCUCAGCAGAUGCACCCGUUGAGCCUCCUCCCUGGUUCCUCUGAGGAGGACCCCCAGGCCAUACUGGACGAGCACCUGUCUCGCGUCCUGAAGACACCCGGUUGCCAGUCACCAACCGUCAUCUGGCAUUCCCCCCGCUCCAGCUCUCCGGAGCACCGGCCCUUUGCCCGGGCAGGAUUUGGACUCAAGGCUUCCCUUUCGGGCCCUGAGCAGGGCGCCUUCACGCUCAGCAUGGGUCCCAGCGGGACCCUGGUGAGCACAAAGCACAUCCACCACCACUACAUCCACCAUCAUGCUGGCCCCAAGACCAAGGAGCAGUUUGAGAGGGAGGCCGCUCUCCGGGUGCGCACCCUGUGCUCCGGUAGCUGUGAGCGUCCACCUGGCCAGCUUUACCAGCGGAGCCGCAGCCUAGGUCGAGAGAUGUGCGGCGCCAUCUCCGGCGACGCCGGCCUGGGUCGUUCCAGUUCGCUAUCCAGACGCGCGUGUCGCUCAGGGGUCGAGGAGGGCGCGGCCGAGAGAUGCACCGAGGAGUACGGGCCCCUUCAGCUACCCAGCAACACGGCAGACCCUGCUCAGAAUGUCUUGCAGUGGCUUCUUGAAAGCAAACGGCAAGGCAGGCAUAAGUCCAGCGGCACCCAAAGUACCAAAAAAUCUUUCGGAGGCUCCUCGACCCAGACUCACACGUGGGGCGGAGGCGGAAACUGCGCUCACCUUCGCAGCCACCAACCAUCCCAGCCGUUCAUCCAAGACCCCGCCAUGCCCCCCCUGCCCCCUCCCAACACGUUGGCCCAGCUGGAGGAGGCGCGCCGCCGACUGGAGGAGGUCUCCACCACCAAGACCACCAAGCAACGGCAUUCCCUGUCCAGUCUUCAGCGGGACAAGAGCCACCUUGUGCCUGUGCAGAGUGGGGCGUCUGCCCCUUUGUCUCCUGCCAAUCCUAACCCCGCCACCACCAACCUCUGUCCCCAAUCAGACAAUGCCGCAGAAAGUCGGAAGAGUUCAACAAGCCACGGGCUGAGCAGCGGGGAGACGGUGGUGACUUACUUCUUUUGCGGGGAGGAAAUCCCUUAUCGAAGGACCAUGAAGAGCCACAGUCUCACCCUCGGCCACUUUAAGGAGCAACUGCGCAAGAGGGGAAGCUACAGGUACUAUUUCAAGAAGGCCAGCGACGAGUUUGAGUGCGGCGCCGUGUUUGAGGAAGUGUCGGACGACGGUUCCUUGCUGCCCACAUACGAGGGCAAAAUCCUGGGCAAGGUGGAGAGGAUGGACUAA